AUGGCGGUUGCCCCGCGCCCUGUGUUCUUCCCGUCCCCGGGUUUACAGGUCAUGACCGCCCUCAUUUACUUUCUGGGGUUAACCACCAUCACCCACUGCAUUUCAAGACGACUUCAACAUGAGAACUUGUCGAUACAGGGCAUACGGUCGAUGCCUUGGCCGAGAAUGGCGGUGGUGCUGAUGUAUCUUGAUUCAUGGCUUUUCAUCCUCGGAAGCGCCAUUUUAACCUUCGGUUUGGGACUCGAACAUUCAGAGGCAAUUUGUAUCACGGCUGCCUACCUUUGUGUUGUUUUCUACUCCACGGCCAAGUUUUUCGUAUACGCCUUCCUUGCUGAAAAGGCCCACAUAGUAUGGUCACCCACCAAAGGCGAACGACGCCUUGAAUCGUCCGUAUAUCUAUGCUGCCUGGUGUCCGUUUCUCUAUACUGCAUUGUCAUGACUCUCAUGCUCGGCGGUCCCAUAUACGAGACCAAGGAGAAUGGGCAGUGCGUAAUAGGCCUGAAACCACGGGCAUCUAUCCCAUUACUGGUUUAUGACCUAUAUAUCAAUUUAUUCCUCACGUUCAUGUUCCUCUAUCCUCUCAUCGGCGCCAAAGUGAAGAGCAGUGCGAUUCGAAGGUUGGCCGUUCGAACUGGCAUUGCCGGUAUCGUUGCUUUGUCGACUUCAACGGUCAACGUUGCCGUUCUCAUCCACUUGGACGGACGUGAAAUGGGUUGGGUAAAUCUCUCCAUUUGCAGCGCCGAUAUCAUCAUCAAUGCGGCCGCAAUCUUCUGGGUGUCAGGGAGUAAAGCGAGUCAACAACAAUCCACCUCUUCCGGGCUACCUCCCGAACAGCGACACCGUGGCAGACACCUUAACAACCACGUCCACCACGGCGAGAACCCCACCUUCAGCACCGGCAAUAACCCCGACAGUGUACAUUUUAGUCCCGGGUUGAAAACCACACUUUCCAACGCUCCUCCUGUGCUCCAUGAUUCAGACACUACAGGCUCGUUCCCAGGCUACCACAACGGUGAUAUCGAAAAUGGCAGACCGGGUCACUUCCCAAAAACUAACACUUCAUGGGUUGGUCGGUUGUUUACACGAGAGAAACAACCAAACGAGCGACAUCUGAAGAUUGCAGUAACGAGAGAAUACGACACUCAAACCUCACAGAUCGAGCUUCAGGCACGACCUGACUCAAAUUCAGAAGUGCUCGAUGAGUACAGUAAAGUUAGUCCUUGA